UGGAACAGGAGAUAACAGCUGCAUUGAAGAAAUUUUACAGGAGAUGACCCAUUCUUGGCCACCACCACUCUCAGCUAUUCACACACCUGGAAAAGUAGAACAGAGCAAGUUUUCAUUCCCAAACAAGGAGUCACAACAGGGAUCAACAGGACCCAGCAAUACAAGGAAAAGUGAUGUUGAGCCAAAGAGUCCAGAAAAUAGUGCAUCUCAUACAUCAAUGCUAGAAGAUGACCUCAAGUUAAGUAGUGAUGAAGAAGAGAAUGAUCAGCAGGCAGCACAGAGAUCUACUCUCCGCGUUCUAUCUGACAGGAGAGCUAAUUAAAGAUGGAACAAUACAAUCAUCAAACUAAAGUCACAAAACAAAAUCAC